UCGCCGGCGCCAGGGCCCAGACCCCCGGGAGUUGGGGGGCCCCGGCGCGGCGGCUGCGGUGUCCCCGGGCCUCCCGCGAGUCUCCGCGCUCCUCCCUCGCGGCGGGAGAGGCGCGAGCAGAGCGCAGCGCGCACGGCCGAGCGGCGCCCUCCGUCCGGGCCGAGUCCGGGACCAUGGCGGCGCCGGGACGCGGCCCCCGAACCCCGCUCUGGGCGGCCGCGCUGCUCCUGCUGGGCUUCCCGCGCCUCGCCGUGCGCGCCGAGGGAAAGCUCUUUGUGCUGGAGUCUCCGAACGGCUCUCUGGGCCUGCAGCUGGAAGCAGCUCGGCUUUCCUGCAAGGGCCGGGGCGCCCACCUGGUGUCUGCGGAUGAGCUGCGAAGAGUAGUCCAAGACUGUGCCUUCUCCGUGUGCACCACAGGCUGGCUGGCAGAUGGCACCCUCGGGACAACUGUAUGUAGCAAGGGGAAUGGUGAACAGCAGACCAUGAGAGCUGUUGAUGUCAGAAUUGACAACAAUCCAGUUCCUGGAGGCACAUACAAUGCCCUUUGCAUUAAGGAUGAAGAGAAGCCAUGCGGAGACCCGCCCUCCUUCCCACACACCAUCCUGCAGGGACGAACGGGCCUGGAGAUGGGGGACGAGCUGCUGUACGUGUGCGCACCGGGCCACGUCACAGGCCGCCGAGAGACCGCCUUCACCUUGCUGUGCAACAGCUGUGGCGAGUGGUACGGCCUGGCGCAGGCCUGCGGGAAAGAUGAGGCUGAGGCACACAUUGACUAUGAAGAAAAUUUCCCUGAUGAUAGAUCCGUGUCGUUCAGAGAACUCAUGGAGGAUUCCCGGACAGAGGAGGAAGAGGACAGGAGUCAGGCAGAGGCAUCUGAGGAGGCCUCCAAACGAGACCACCUGGUCUCCACCGCUGCAGGGAGAGAAAACAGGGCCCGGGAUUCGACCUUUGUACCCACAAUGGGCUGGCCCAGAGCUGGGAGCAAUGUCCCCACAGCCCUGCCAGGGCCCCAACCAAACCAGAAGUACUUGUUCUGGUUUCCUGCCGAGACCUUCCACAAGCCCGAGUUGGAAAAGGGGGUGAAUGAUGACACCAAAAAGCUCUUGCCUGCUGGAGACAACCACAGUGGCCUCACACUGGCCACCAGUGAGCUGGAGGCCGAGGUGGCCUCAAACAGCUCUGUCACUCUCUCAGGGACAUUUGCGGGGAGGAAUGACAGCAGGGCUGGGGACUCGAUGGUGAGCAGCAGUGACGAGUCCUGGUUAGAUGGCUACCCUGUGACGGACAGUGCGUGGAGGAAGACAGGAGCUGAGGAAGAGGAGGAAGAAGACGGGGACAAGGGGGAUGGGUCAGUAGGGCUGGAGGAAAGUGUCCUCGUUACUCUCACCCAGCCCAUUCUCGUGGGAGUCAAGAAGCCCCAGAGUUCCACCCUCACGCCAGGUGUGGACACGACCCGUCAUUCACUUCUUCCAUCCCAAAUAUUCGACUUAGAAGCUUUGGCCCUCACUCCUGUAAACAUGUCUGACACCACAGGCCCUGGCAGGGGGGACGGUGACUUGAAGCAGUCAACUCUCCCUUGGAGCUUGACCACCGAGAAGUCUUCCGCACCCACCCUUGCCUCUGAACUCACCGCCUCCGCCCUGGACACAGGCACCGUCGUCCAGCAGAUGCCUCGCCACGUUCCCUCCACCCUCGUGGUGGCCACCCAGAUGCCCGUGGAGAGCACAUCCCCGGAGGCCCAGGACAGCUUCCCCUACCUGCUCUCCGAGGACUUCCUGGAACAGGAAGGCCCAGGCCCACAGGCAGGUGAGGAGCUUCUCCCGACCCUGAAGCCCUGCUUUGGGGAGGAGUGUCCCAACCUCAGCCGAGGCCCCGUCAUCGCCACCGUUGUCACCGUCCUGUGUCUGCUGCUGCUCCUGGCAGGGGUGGGGGCCGUGUGGGGCUACCGCAGAUGCCAGCACAAGAGCUCGGUGUACAAGCUGAACGUGGGCCAGCGGCAGGCUCGGCACUACCACCAGCAGAUCGAGAUGGAGAAGGUCUAAGCUGCCCCCUGAGGGAGCAAGGCCACAGCCUCUGGGGAGGAAGAGGUGGCGCGUAGUUCCCACAGAUAAACACUCAGCAUCCACACCACCAGCAGG